UCGAUAUUUUAGUUGAAUGUCAAUUAAUGUUUGCUUAUUUAUCAAUUUAAAGCCAUAUUCCUUUAUUAUACUUAAAUAUUCAGUCAAGAACAAACAUUUUACAUGAAUAGCUGGAACGCAGAAAGUUACUUCAGUUGAAAUGGAUGAGCAAAGACAGUGGUGUUGUGUAGUGUAAUAUAUACUCGCGCUGCGUAAAAACAUUUGAGAACUAGUUUAGUGAAAGUGUAAUCGAAUCACACCGAAUGACCUCAAGGACUCUGCGGCAAAUCAAAACUGAGAGGGAGUGAAGUGUAUUUUACCGCCGCGUCUGUAAUCUGAUGUCUUCCACGCACCGCUCCGUCAUCCGCCGCCGGUCUGCAGCUGCCGCGCGCGCGUUUCUCUGUCGCUCCGCUGGUGUGAUGUCCGACUGCUGUGUGCGCAGAGCUGUGUAAACGAAACGACGGUGGGACAACAUGACUAUCCCGAAAGACAUCCCAGAGAAGUGGUUUCCAAUCAUCCUCCCUCUAAAAAGGAAGAAAGAGGGAUUAAGCAACGCAACAAAAAUAAGCAAAGGAGCAGAGGAGGAAAGGAGAGUCCGAGCCAACGAUAGAGAGUACAAUGAGAAGUUCCAGUAUGCUAGCAACUGUAUCAUGACCUCAAAGUACAACAUCAUUACCUUCCUUCCAGUCAACCUGUUUGAGCAGUUCCAGGAAGUUGCCAAUACCUACUUCCUGUUUCUCCUCAUACUGCAGUUGAUUCCACAGAUUUCCUCAUUAUCCUGGUUCACCACCAUUGUGCCUUUAGUGCUGGUGCUGAGCAUCACUGCAGUUAAAGAUGCCACCGAUGACUAUUUUCGUCACAAGAGUGACAACCAGGUGAAUAACCGUCAGUCUCAGGUCCUCAUCGGUGGCAUUCUUCAGAAGGAGAAAUGGAUGAAUGUCAGAGUGGGAGACAUCAUCAAACUGGAGAACAACCAGUUUGUGGCAGCUGACCUGCUCCUGUUGUCCAGCAGUGAACCACAUGGCCUCUGUUACAUUGAAACUGCAGAACUGGAUGGCGAGACGAACAUGAAGGUGCGUCAGUCUCUGUCUGUUACCUCAGAGCUGGGAGAUCCUAAUAACCUGGCCCGGUUUGAUGGAGAAGUGGUGUGUGAGCCUCCCAACAACAAGCUUGACCGUUUCUGCGGGACUCUGUAUUGGAAAGACUGCAAAUACCCCCUCAGCAACCAGAACAUGCUGCUUCGCGGCUGCGUCCUGCGCAACACAGAGACCUGCUAUGGCCUUGUUAUUUUCGCAGGUCCUGACACCAAACUGAUGCAGAAUAGUGGACGGACUAAGUUCAAGCGCACCAGUAUAGACAGACUGAUGAAUACACUGGUGCUGUGGAUUUUUGGGUUCCUGGUGUGUAUGGGAGUGAUCUUGGCCAUAGGAAAUGCAGUUUGGGAAAAAGAAGUGGGUGCUCUGUUCCAGAGCUUUCUUCCUUGGGACCCUCCAGUGGACAACUUCCUGUUCUCAGCCUUCCUGUCCUUCUGGUCCUAUGUCAUCAUCCUCAACACAGUCGUGCCCAUCUCCCUCUAUGUCAGUGUGGAGGUGAUUCGUCUGGGUCACAGUUAUUUCAUUAACUGGGACCGGCGGAUGUUCUGCAGCCGUAGUAACACAGCAGCAGAGGCCCGGACCACCACACUAAAUGAAGAGCUGGGACAGGUGGAGUACAUCUUCAGUGACAAGACAGGAACCCUCACCCAGAACAUCAUGAUCUUCAACAAGUGCUCCAUCAACAGUCACGCAUAUGGUGAGGAUCUUCAGAAGGAGAAAUGGAUGAAUGUCAGAGUGGGAGACAUCAUCAAACUGGAGAACAACCAGUUUGUGGCAGCUGACCUGCUCCUGUUGUCCAGCAGUGAACCACAUGGCCUCUGUUACAUUGAAACUGCAGAACUGGAUGGCGAGACGAACAUGAAGGUGCGUCAGUCUCUGUCUGUUACCUCAGAGCUGGGAGAUCCUAAUAACCUGGCCCGGUUUGAUGGAGAAGUGGUGUGUGAGCCUCCCAACAACAAGCUUGACCGUUUCUGCGGGACUCUGUAUUGGAAAGACUGCAAAUACCCCCUCAGCAACCAGAACAUGCUGCUUCGCGGCUGCGUCCUGCGCAACACAGAGACCUGCUAUGGCCUUGUUAUUUUCGCAGGUCCUGACACCAAACUGAUGCAGAAUAGUGGACGGACUAAGUUCAAGCGCACCAGUAUAGACAGACUGAUGAAUACACUGGUGCUGUGGAUUUUUGGGUUCCUGGUGUGUAUGGGAGUGAUCUUGGCCAUAGGAAAUGCAGUUUGGGAAAAAGAAGUGGGUGCUCUGUUCCAGAGCUUUCUUCCUUGGGACCCUCCAGUGGACAACUUCCUGUUCUCAGCCUUCCUGUCCUUCUGGUCCUAUGUCAUCAUCCUCAACACAGUCGUGCCCAUCUCCCUCUAUGUCAGUGUGGAGGUGAUUCGUCUGGGUCACAGUUAUUUCAUUAACUGGGACCGGCGGAUGUUCUGCAGCCGUAGUAACACAGCAGCAGAGGCCCGGACCACCACACUAAAUGAAGAGCUGGGACAGGUGGAGUACAUCUUCAGUGACAAGACAGGAACCCUCACCCAGAACAUCAUGAUCUUCAACAAGUGCUCCAUCAACAGUCACGCAUAUGGUGAGGUGAUGAACAUUCUGGGAGCUCAGCAGAAGAGGGUCCAGCCCCUGGACUUCAGUGCGUGGAACCCCUUAGCAGACCGGGACUUCUGUUUCUACGACCAGUCUCUGCUAGAGGCAGUGAUGGUGGGAGAACCAGCGGUGCAUGAAUUCUUCCGGGUCUUGUCUCUCUGCCACACGGUCAUGAGCGAGGAGAAGAGCGAGGGAGAGCUGCUGUAUAAGGCUCAGUCUCCAGAUGAGGGGGCGUUAGUAACAGCUGCACGCAACUUUGGCUUUGUGUUCCGCUCUCGCACACCUUGCACAGUCACCACCCAAGAGCUCGGCAAAGCUGUCACAUACACGCUCCUCGCCAUCCUGGACUUCAAUAACAUCCGCAAAAGAAUGUCUGUCAUAGUGAGGAAUCCAGAGGGCCGUAUUCGUCUCUACUGUAAGGGCGCAGACACUGUGCUUUUCGAGAGGCUUCACUCUUGCAGCCAUGAACUAAUGAAUAUCACUUCAGACCAUCUCAACGCUCAUGCUUUGGAAGCGGAUAUGGAGCGUGAGUUUUUGGAGACGGCGUGUGCUUGUCGAGCAGUGAUCUGCUGCAGAGUGACUCCUCUUCAGAAAGCUCUGGUGGUGGAGCUGGUUAAACAGCAUAAGAAAGCCGUCACACUCGCCAUCGGAGAUGGAGCCAAUGACGUCAGCAUGAUAAAGACGGCUCACAUUGGUGUGGGCAUCAGCGGUCAGGAGGGGAUCCAGGCUGUGCUGGCAUCAGAUUACUCUUUUUCCCAGUUUCGCUUCUUGCAGCGUCUUUUACUGGUGCACGGACGCUGGUCCUAUCUGCGCAUGUGCCGUUUUCUCUGUUACUUCUUCUACAAGAACUUUGCCUUCACUAUGGUGCACUUCUGGUUCGGGUUCUUCUGUGGAUUCUCAGCGCAGACUGUCUAUGACCAGUACUUCAUCACUCUUUACAAUAUCGUAUACACAUCCCUCCCUGUGUUGGCCAUGGGCAUCUUCGAUCAAGAUGUUCCUGAACAGAGGAGUCUGGAGUAUCCAAAGCUGUAUGAGCCAGGUCAGCUGAACUUGCUGUUUAACAAGCGAGAGUUCUUCAUCUGCAUCGCACAGGGAAUCUACACGUCUGUGGUUCUCUUCUUCAUUCCCUACGGCGUUCUCUCUUACGCCACGCAGAGCAAUGGAGUCCCGCUGGCAGACUAUCAAACUUUUGCAGUUACAACAGCAACGGCCCUUGUCAUCGUUGUCAGUGUCCAAAUUGCUCUGGACACGGGUUAUUGGACGGCUAUAAAUCACUUCUUUAUAUGGGGCUCUUUGGGUACCUACUUCACUAUCCUCUUUGCUAUGCACUCCAGCAUUCUGUUCAAUAUCUUCCCCAAGCAGUUCCAUUUCCUUGGAAGUGCUUAUAACACACUUGGGCAGCCAGUGGUGUGGUUAACUAUUGCUCUGGCUACCGUCAUCUGCAUUGCUCCAGUCCUUGCUUUCCGCUUUCUCAAGCUGGACCUUAAACCUCAGCUCUCAGAUACUGUGCGCUACACUCAACUUGUGCUGCAGAAAAAGCGGAAGCCUGGUGGGCGUGCUGGUCGUGGAGUGGGCGGCGCUGGUGUAGCCAGUGGCAGUACUCUUGGUCGCUUGGGGCGAGGUGGAUCUCGACGCUCCGGUUAUGCGUUUGCGCAUCAGGAGGGCUUCGGCGAGCUGAUCACAUCGGGAAAAAAUAUGCGCCUGAGCUCGCUGGCUCUCGCCACAUUCGCCUCUCGCCACAGCGGCAGUUGGAUCGAUACCCUUCGCAGGAAAAAACACGCAAACAGCACUGGUGCGCAAAACACCCCACCCACUGCAGAAGACAGCGCCGCCUCCUCUCAAGCUCCACCUCUUUCCACGUCUUUCUCAGCAGCAGGCGAGGCAGAGCAACCAUGUAAUGAACCCGGCCUCCCUCACAGCCCUGAUGAUAUCGCUCUCAGUGUUAUUAGGUGUCCAGAAAGAGACGUCGGAGAAUGUAGUACAGCAACUUUGCAGGAAGCACCGUUUGUGUGGAAGGGAAUCGGAGCUCGUAUCAGUGGUACCAGCAGUCCUGGUCCACCUCCCAUUGCAGAAGAAACUAACAGUGGUGAGUGAUGGAUAGAUGGACCAACUGGAAUCCUUCAUGUGAACACCCACACCUUCUGACGUGUGCUCAUGUUUCUGUCUGAGGACAUGGGCAGUGAAGACAGCGUCCCAGACAGUUUGGGAGUAAACACAUGCUUGAAUUAAAACACUUGGAAAUGGAUGCAGAUUCAAACUGUGCAUACAGACAGCAAAAGACCAUACAUUUCCUCUAUUGUGCUCAUUCUCAGAUUUCCUGUCGGUGAGAAGGACAAAUCUGCUGUUAUUUGAGCUGUUUAUGACUGAGUUUUCCAUUCUAGCCAAGUUAUCAGACAACAAACCACUAAAAAACAUGGCCAAGGCUGAUAUUACAACACACCUGACUAUCCAAAUAGCUGAUGUUAAUUUUUCUCAUAUGCUAAAUUACAGUCUACGUUAAAUUAGAUUCAUUCAUUUUUAAUCUGGAGACAAAAAAAUCAAAAAUGUAUACAUUAAAGCAUUUCUGUCUCAUAGUUUACUAUAAAUAAAUCAAUGCAUAACACAAUAUAUUAAUACACUGCACAUGUAACAGUUGUACAGAUAUUAACGAUAACUAAAUGACCUGAAGUAUCAGCCUCAGCUAUAUCAGGUUUUAUGUUUUUGUAUUCAAAUUGGGUAGUUCUGGAUCUUAUCUUGGUCAUUUGAAUCUCAGUCAAGGAUUGUCUGUAUCUCUAUAUAGUAAGAGCAGUUUAUCUUUUCUGUUUUUUAAUCUCUUAAUGACUUUCUUGUGGUCUCAUACUGUUUUGACCAUUUUGUCAGCAUAUUGUUUUGCUGAGUCAAAUACUUCAGCUUUUUGUCUGUUUGUUGCUCAGAGGUUAAUAAUGCUACUUGAGUUCAAGCAAGUGAACUUUCUUAUGUACUGUAGAGAAGGCUAGAGAUUUUCAGUUUUUUCCCCACUGCUGAAAAUAGCAUUAAGAUGUAUGUGGUUCUGUGAUAAAACACUAUAGUUCUCAGUGAGAACAUGAUUCUGCUGGAUGAACCCGUUCUUCCUCAUCCAUUUCUUUGCACCAUAUUGGUGCACUAACCCUGACUGCUUGACAUAAAGUCCAAUUCAACCUCAAACUCUGCUUUACUGGACCCUUGAGGGUUUAGGCAUUUGCACUGAUCCAGUGGACUGUAAUAAAUGUGUUUGACGGUUUUUUUUUGGGGGGGGGGGGGUUAAGUUGGAUUAAAAUGAUUAACAUCAGAGUUACCAAAUGGAUUCCACCUUGACAUCAUGAUCUAAAUGUGGCCUUCACCAGUGUUUGGAUUUAGGUAAAUGGGCUUAUAAGAAUGUAAACACAGUAAUGUGUGUGUUAUUGUGAAUGGGUGAGACAGACCAAGAAAGUUGAUAAAGAUGUGUGAGAAGUUACUGUGCACCAUACUUGUCCUGUUUCCUGUGUAAGUUAGGCCUAGCUCUCAUACUGUUAAAUAGGUAACAAUUAUAUGCCUUAAAAGCUAACUUUGUGAGUGUGUUUUUUAAAAAUGUGUAUCUAUUUCCCUCCACACAUAAAAGCAUUUACAUAUAUUGCAGUAAGAGGUUAAAGGUCAUUUUAUGGAUAGUCUGUUUCAGUGUCUGUUAGCCAAAUCCACAUGAUCUGUGAACAUCAUGACCCUGCUGUUGUAAAUGGGCCUAGUGCAAAAUAAAAAAAAUUGA